AUGGCGGACGCAGUUGCAGAAAAUGUCGCGAAGCUUCAACUCGACGAGGAGACGGGGGAGAUGGUCUCGAAAUCAGAAUUAAAGAAGCGCCUGCAGAAGCGUGCGAAGAAGGCUGCUUCAGCCAAAGCAAAGGCUGAGGCGCCUGCGAAACCAAAUACCGUGGCUCCAAAAUCUACACCAACGAAGGGCGAGGAGGUCAAGGCCGAGCCCAUGAGCAUGUUUGCUCAAGGAUGGCUUGACGGUGUAUACAAAGAGAGACCAGUCACUCCAGUGGUUACGCGUUUUCCCCCGGAACCGAACGGAUAUCUGCACAUAGGCCACGCAAAAGCAAUCGCCGUCAAUUUUGGCUUUGCUCGAUACCAUGGUGGAGAGUGCUAUCUGAGAUUCGACGAUACCAACCCGGAGGCUGAGGAGGAGAAGUACUUUACAGCUAUCAAGGAGAUCGUAUCGUGGCUGGGAUUCACACCAAAAGAAAUUACAUACUCCAGUGAUAAUUUCGACAAGUUGUACGAGAAGGCGGAGAAGCUCAUAGAACUGGAAAAGGCAUACGUUUGCCAUUGUGGAGAUCCUGAGCUCAAGGCCCAACGAGGAGGCGAGGACCACGGACCACGAUUCCGGUGCGAGCAUGCCAGCCAAUCGAUUGAGGUGAACCUGGAGAAGUUCCGGGCCAUGAGAGACGGAAAAUAUAAGCCUCGAGAGGCGUUCCUGCGUAUGAAGCAAAAUAUCGAAGACGGAAACCCCCAAAUGUGGGAUCUGGCAGCGUACAGAGUUUUAGACGCGGAACAUCACAGAACUGGUCCGAAGUGGAAGAUUUACCCAACAUACGACUUUACUCACUGUCUCUGCGAUAGUUUCGAGAAGAUUACCCACUCUCUCUGUACUACCGAAUUCGUCCAGUCGCGGGUGUCUUAUGAAUGGCUGAAUGACACUCUGGAUGUCUACCGGCCCAUGCAAAGAGAAUACGGCCGUUUGAGUAUUGAAGGAACUGUAUUGUCGAAGCGAAAAAUCAUGAAGUUGGUGAACGAGGGCUACGUUCGUGGCUGGGAUGACCCAAGACUUUACACUCUGAUCGCAAUCAAGAGACGUGGAGUUCCACCUGGCGCAAUCCUCGAGUUUGUCAGCGAACUUGGUGUUACGACCUCUCCUACCGUUAUCCAACUCGCUCGGUUCGAUCAAACCAUACGCAAAUAUCUCGAGCGUACCGUCCCGCGAUUGAUGUUGGUUUUGGACCCUGUUCCUGUCGUCAUCGAGGAUGCCGAAGAGCUGGAGCUUGAACUCCCGUUCUCGCCCAAGGACCCUGCUAUGGGUAGUCACAAGGUCAAGUUUACAAAGACUGUUUACAUUGAGCGCACUGACUUCAGAGAGGUUGACAGCAAGGAAUACUUCCGUCUUGCUCCUGGAAAGUCUGUCGGUCUCCUUCAUGUACCCUUCCCGAUCAAGGCUGUUUCGUUCACGAAAGAUGGCGACAAGGUUACGGAGAUUAGGGCAGUCUUUGAUAAGGAGGGGAAAAAGCCGAAAACGUACAUACACUGGGUUGCUGAAGGAUCACGAAACGUCGAGGUCCGCAUUCAAAACUCAUUAUUCAUGAGUGAGAAGCCGGACAAUGCCCCAGGUGGAUUCCUCAAGGACAUCAACCCCAACAGCGAGGAAAUCUGGCCAAAUGCGAUCAUCGAAUCCGGGUUCGAGGAGGUCAAGAGACGUGCGCCAUGGCCUGAAGCUGCCGGAGAGUCCGAGCUGGGCAAGGGAGGUCUCGAAUCUGUGCGAUUCCAAGCAAUGCGUGUUGCUUAUAUGGCGAUGGACUCGGAUAGCACUGACGACAAAGUUGUCUUGAACCGCAUUGUCAGCCUGAAAGAAGACGCUGGGAAGUAG